AUGCGAUCCGCACAUGUGCGGAUCCGACUUCGGGCGGGCGGCGGCUCGUGGCUGGGGGAGGCGGCUGGGACGGGGCGAGGUGCGCCCGGGGCGGGGCGAGGGCGCGGCGAGGUGCGCCCCUCGUUCCCGCCGCGCCUGACUACGAGCGCGCUCGGGCCACCGCCGCAGCCCCAGCCCGUCCAGGGCGCUCGCCGGGCUCCCGGCCACCUGGCCCUUAAGGCGCCCGACGCCACCGGUAGCCGUCAACCCGCUGGGUGCCCAGGCAGCCACCACCCUAAGCCCCUGGUGGGCUGGUGGGGCCCCAGAGGGAAGGGCGCCCCGAAACGGCCCGGGGUACCCUGGAACCCCCCCCCCCAACCCUGCGCGCCUGCAGCAACGGAUCAGCAUCCCACCGAGUCCCCGGCUCGCUUGGCCGGGUCCGCGUGCGCCCACCCUGCGACCCGGACGCCACCCGGCCCCCAGCACCCACCCUGCAUCCCAGGCGCCCGCCCGGCCCCGAGCGCCCACCCUGCGUCCCGGACGCCCGCCAGGAAGCCGGACCUGGACCGCCCGACGCCGGCCUCCAGCCCGCGGCGCCGCGGCGGAGUUAAAUGGGGCCGCGACGGGGCCGGGCCCGACCGGGGCCGCCCCGCCUCCCCGCCCUCGCCCCGCGCAGCCCCGCGCUGGCCGCCGCCCAGAGAUGGAGGCGCCGCCACCUGCGCCGCCCGCCCGCCCGCCCGCCAGGCAAGUGUGCUGCGCGACCCCGCCACCCCGACCCCGACCCCCGCCAGAGCCCAGGAUGCCAGGGCGCGACGAGCCGCGCCUGGAACGCUCGUCUGCCGCUUCCUGGAAGCCGCUGCCCGGCCUGGGCCGCCGCCAGGCCUGAUGCCAAGAGCCCGGGUCGCCGCCGCCGCCCGGAGCAACCAACACCUGGCCAGGGGCGGCAGCGAAGCUGGAACCCCGUGGCCUCUCCCCAAAACUGCCUGCCGCCCGCUGGCGGGAGGCAAGCCCUGGCCAGACCGAGGCAGCCCCAACCCAGGCUGCAAUCCCGUGGCAAGUGCGCAGAGGGCCGGCCAGGGGGAGGAGGGUGGGCAGCAGAGGGGACUCGGCCUGGCCACAGCCAUCACCGGGGGCGCCUUUCUUCUUAUUCACCUGGCCAUGGUCUGUGGAGUCAGGCAAAGCUGCUGGGGGCCAAGCCCUCGCUCCUAG